UGAACAGUGUCGAGGAGGUAAUCGAGAUUUCAUUCUACUUCUGGGAUUAGGUGUUCCGUGUAGUUUCGGGUUUGUUCUUCGUUUAUCGUUCUUUAGCAAUAAGUCUCAAUAGUAGAAUCUACAUUGAAGAGAACCCACAGGAAUCGCUUUUCCCUCCGUUUACGCACUUCGUUUAAUGUGAUACAGUUAUAUGUGAUAAGAAUUUUCCUACACGUUUGUAAGGACAUUUUAGGACUGCAGUCAUGAAUUUAGGCAACCUUGCUUUUUUCCUCAUUCCUCCAGCAAUCCUAAUUUAUUUUUUAGGAUUCUUUUGGACAAUUUUAGUGACCAUAACUUGUGCCCUAAUUUAUUUUAGACGAAGAGUUUAUAUUAUCAUCAAAACAUUCCCUCGCGAUGUUAGGUUUAUUCGAAGUAUGGGCAGGCUAAUUGUUACAUCUAAGAAGUGUACAAAACAAAACUUGACCAUAGUUACCUUGUUCAAAAGACAAUUAGAAAAAACUCCAGAUAAAGCUAUUUAUUUAUUUGAAGAUCAAGUUUGGACUAUGAGAGAUGUUGAAAACUAUAGCAAUAAAAUAGGCAAUAUAUUUAAAGAAGCCGGAUUUCAAAAAGGCGAUGUAGUUGCUUUGUUCAUGACUAAUCGGCCAGAAUUCAUUUGUAUUUGGCUCGGACUUGCAAAAAUUGGUGUUAUAACAGCAUUGAUUAAUUCAAACCUAAAAGGAAGCCCUCUUAAGCAUUGUCUUGAUGCUGCAUCAUGCAAAGCCAUGAUAUUCUCUGAUGAUUUAUCGGAAAUGGUUUUUGAUCUUGAAUCAGUUACUGUUGAUAUGUAUCAAGCCUCUGGUACUGUUAAGGAUGAUAAAGUUAAAAAUUUAGUACAAAUGAUGGAAAAUGCGCCAACUACAAAUCCAGUAUCACAUGAAAUCUCUAUCCAUGAUAAACUUCUUUAUAUUUAUACUUCUGGGACCACUGGUCUCCCUAAAGCAGCAGUUAUGCCUCAUUCUAGAUUCGUUUUAGCCACUUUGGCUAUGAUAAGUCUUCUUGAUCUUCAGGAUGAUGAUAUUAUUUAUAACCCUUUACCACUGUACCAUACCGCGGGUGGUACUUUAGGAGCAGGGCCUGCGCUGAGCCAUGGUAUAAAAACUGUUCUCAGAAAGAAAUUCUCAGCUUCCUCAUAUAUAACUGAUUGCAUCAAAUAUAAAGCUACUAUUGGUCAGUACAUUGGGGAAAUGUGUCGUUAUAUGUUGGCAACAAUUCCAAAACCGGAAGAUACUCAACAUACUUUAAGAAAUAUGAUAGGUAAUGGCCUCCGACCUGCCAUUUGGUCUGCAUUCGUGAGAAGGUUCCAAAUUCCUCGUAUCACUGAAGUAUAUGGAGCUACUGAAGGAAAUGUUAACAUAGCUAACCUGGAUGGUACAAUCGGAGCUGUUGGAUCCCUCCCACAGUGUCUUCCAGCUUUCUUGUUCCCAGUGGCAAUAAUUAAGAUUGACCCUGAAACCAUGAAACCAGUUAGAAACAAAGAUGGACUAUGUAUUCGUUCCAAAGCAAACGAGCCAGGGAUGUUUGUUGGUCAAAUUAAGAAGAAUGACCCUAGUCGUGAGUUCCAUGGAUAUGUUGAUAAGAAAGCUUCAGAAAACAAGAUUUGGCACGAUGUUUUCCACAAGGGAGAUUCUGUGUUUGUUUCAGGUGACCUUAUGGUAAUGGAUGAGUAUGGUUAUAUAUUUUUCAAGGAUCGAACUGGUGACACAUAUAGAUGGAAAGGAGAAAAUGUUGCUACUUCCGAAGUUGAAGCUGUCGUCAGUGCUGUUGCUGGGCUCAAAGAUUGCACUGUCUAUGGAGUUCAGGUUGGAGAACUGGAAGGCAAGGCUGGUAUGGCUGCCGUAGUGGACCCUGGUAACGAACUAGAUAUGCCAAAGUUCGCACUAGCUCUGGAUAAAGCGCUGCCACAAUAUGCAAGGCCUCUAUUUCUGAGAGUCUUAUCUGCUAUGGAAUUAACUGGCACAUUUAAGCUGAUGAAAGGUCAACUUCAACGCCAGGGUUUCAACCCGGAUGAUGUGCCGGAUAAAUUAUAUUUUAGGCAAGGAUCUACUUAUGUGCCCCUCGAUAAGCAUAUGUAUUCUAGUAUUGUCGCUGGUGAUAUGAAGCUAUAAACCAAAACUAAACACAUCUUUCCCAAAAUAAACUCUUAAAACUCUCCUCAGCCUUGGUUCAUUUUCGGAUCAAUUUCGUUUUAAACUGGAGUAGAUCGUUUUAUAAAAACAUUAUUAAAUGAACUAAUUCACACAGCGAUGAUGAUGAUGAAUUUUUUUUAGAACGGUAUCAAGUAAAAAUGUAUUUUGUUAUAAGUAGCUAAUAGACCAUUUAAUAGAAUUAAAUAUUUAUGAGAAUCCUAUAAGUAAUUCAGAAAAACAAUUUUUUUUUCUAUUAUUUUUUUCGAAAUGUUAAAUCAGUUUAUAAUUAUUGUGAUUGUAUUUUAUUCCUAACCAUCUAGAAAUUAUUACUUAGCUAGUAAAGAAGGAACAGAAUUCAACGAGUUAUUUUUAAGACUUGAUUUUUUUCGUACAUUUUGAAGUAGUAAAUAUUGGUAAGUUGUCAAUUUUUCGAAGGCAAUAUUUCUUAUAUUUAUCCUCCUCUCUUUUUUUUUUAUUAUAGAAAUACAUUUUAUUGAACACAUUUUAAAAUUCAAUUGAAUACUAAGUAAUAAAACAGUUU